CUAAACAUUGUGUGUUCUCUAGAUUGGAUUUGCCAACUCCAGAUCAGCACAACAGCUAGCCCCUCGCCGAGACAAUUGUUGUGUCCUGACCCAAUCCAUGGGUCCGCCUCUUCGUCCGCUAGCCGUGCUCAAGUAGGUGUGGAAGCGCAGUCCGCCAAGUUCGUCUGGCCCCCACCAGCCAGACCCCACCCUACCUGGAUAUGGUCAGCACACGUUCGAUCCGCAUGUCCAAUCCACGGGAUUCCAUCCUCCAGACUAGCCAAUCCACCUCAGCUAGUCUGGGAUCGGGCCCCGCUGCCCCCGAAGAAUCCAUUGCAGUCACUCGCCCCUCGGCCCCACCUCCCAUCAACCCGCCCCACGGCUCGGCCGGAUCGUCUGUGGGUUUGGUGCCCAGACCCUCCUUGCCGCCAACGCCCGAAAGCCAGGAAGUAGGCGGAGGCGGGACGGGACCUCGGGCGGCCGGAUUGCGGCGCUCCAUGCCCGUACGAACGUCCCAACACGCGCCGGCCUUGAAGCGCCCUCGACGGGCCCGACCCAAUUCCGGUCCGCCUACACUAGCCCAUGAGUCCCGGUCCGCCCCGGAGACCGUGCAGAUCUCCGAUGAGGACGAGGGCAGUGGUUCAGAACCGUUCGAUGCCGCUCAGGCUGAGGUCGGGUCCGAACCGGCCCUAGUUCACGUGGAAUCCUGGGUGGGACCGAUGGAACCCACGCACGGUUUUCAUGGCCCGGCCCCGGGUGGUUCGCAUGGCUCGGAGGAUGUAAUGGAUUUCUACGCCACCCCACCAGGCCCCACGUCACCGCCCAGCCCCAUGCGACCCACGACGGUUAUGCGGGAUUCUGGGGUUCAAACCAGCCUGCCCACUUUCCAUUCAUCAUUACUACCGGAUGAUCUGAAGAUGCAUCUGGAAUGCCCGGUGUGCUCAAAAGUAUCUCUCCCACCCAUUAUGCAAUGCCGCAAUGGCCACGUCACGUGCAAUACGUGCCGCAGUAAAGUGAGCGCUUGUCCGGUAUGCCGAGAAGUGGUCAUGGACAUCCGGAAUAUGUUUGCUGAAAAGGCUUUACUUUACAUGACGAUUCCCUGUGAAUAUCAAAAUUUCGGCUGUAAAGUCGAAGUGCAAUACCGAGAAAAAGACGAGCAUGAACGACUGUGCAUGUACCGGCCCUAUCUUUGCCCCUACAUUGAAUGCGAUCAUCGCUUGGCGGCCUCGGCCGUGGUUGAACAUGUGUCUACGGCUCAUAGGGAGGAGUGUCGCCGCUCUGAGGGGCCUGAAAUCACCGCCUCCAUGAUUUUGAUCGGCUUAUACUUUGGUGGUGAUGGCGCUUGGUCUCCACGUGUGAUAUCGUGCUUUGGUCGGACCUUUUUCGAUGUAGCCCUGACACGUGACCGAUGUCUUCACCAUUGGGUUUGGCUUUUAGGCGAGGAAGAAGAAGCUCAAGAUUACAUAUACGAAAUCACCGCCUUCAAGAACAAUAUUAAGUACGUUUAUGGAGGUGAAGUAUCGUCUUUGCGGACCACAGAUGGUGACAUUGUCUCUGAAGGUCAAUGUCUAAGUAUUAGCGACGCCAUUGGUCGGCGCCUCCGUGAUGGUGACAAAAUUAGGUACAAAUUGAAGCUGAUGAAGAAGCAGGAUCGUUGAGAAUCAAAAAAUACAUUGGAACCGGGACAUUAAACCCCAUGUUCGCAAUAUGAGGACAAUACGUCUGUACGUCGUGUUCAAAUGUUAUUCAAUACAAGUGAAGUAUAUUUCA